AUGAGUUCAAACUCCGCUGUAGUGCAGCAGAGACGGUUCGAAACAUUAGUGAAGUUUGGGGUGAAGGUAAAGUCGGUGAAUCAACUCUGCGAACGUGGCUCCGAAAAUUCCGACCUGGUGACUUCGACCUCGAUGUUGAGGGGUAGCGGACGCCCCACUGAACUUGACGAUGACGAGCUGAAAGCACUUGUGAAAGCAAACACGCGAACAACUGCUCGAGAGCUUACAGAACGGCUUGGCGUAAGCUCAGGAACAAUUUCGCCUGAAUUAAACGAUAAUCAAAAAAAUCGCCGUUUUGGAAUGCCGACUGCUCUUAUCCUGCAAAACAAAAACGACCCUUUCAUUGAUCGAACUGUGACGUAUGACGAGAAGUGGAUUCUGUACGACAACCGGCAACUUCACCUCAAUGGUUGGAUUGCGAUCAGACUCCUCAGCACUUCCCAUAGCCAAAAUUGCACCAAAAAAGGUUAUGGUGACUGCUUGGUGGCCUGCAGCGAGGCCGAUUCAUGGCAGCUUUUGAAUCCAGGCGAAAUGAUUACGGCAGAGAAGUAUUGCCAACAAAUCGACGAAAUACACCGUAAACUCCAACAACAACAACCGGUAUUAGUCAACAGAAAAGGACCAAUCCUUCUCCACGACAACGCCCAGCCUCACGUUCUGGAAACAGCGCUGCAGAAGUUGAACGAGUUGGGCUACGAAACUUUGUUCCAUCUGCCAUAUUCAUCAGACCUCUCGCCUACGGACUCACCUAUUCAAGCACCUUGA